UAGUGGCUGUCGUCGUCAGCUGUCAUGCAACAUUAAAUUUCGUAGUCAUACAUGUAACAACUUACAAGCUUACACCAGUUGCAACAAAUGCAGAGCACGGUCAGCAUGGCCGCACCAAAGCCCGCAAACGCAAUGUAGUCACUUGGCCUGCUGCUGUCCCGAAGCGUUACCACGAUUCUGACUGUUGCAACUAGUCGCUGAUUCAUCCAACAGCUGUACAAGGAGGUGUCGGUCAGUGUUUCAACCUCCAUCCUCGGUGUGUGUGUGUGUGUGACCUUCCAAUGCUGCUGCUGCCUGCUGAAGUGGACCAGCAAGUAUGAAUGCUGUGAUUGCACUCUGUCACUUUUGCGAACUUCAUGGGCCUAGCAUCGUAUUCUCUACCCAGGCGUUCCACUCUCAGGUCCCCGCACACCUGCUAGAGCCUUCACCCAGUCAGACGGAGAGCCAAGAUGGAAGCAAUGGCUCGGGACAGGAGCAAAGCUCUCAGUUCUCGUUCUACGGUAGUUUGGAACACUGGCUUCGACCACCCAGAACACCACAGACUUCCACCCCACCCACACCGCAAUCUCCCAUCACUUCCGGUGCUGCAGGAAGGACCACAGAAAUGUGUGAAGCGUGUAGGUCGAUGGCAGCAGGGCAGCCAGGAUUUGUCAGUAAUGAUCAUGAGGCUAAGGUUAGCUAUGUUAGCAGCCAGUACCCAUGCCAUCCAGAGAUAUUCAGCAUAGUCCGGCAAGCCUGCGUUCGGAGUCUCAGCUGUGAAGUGUGUCCUGGGAGAGAGGGGCCGAUAUUUUUCGGCGAUGAUGUGCGUGGACACGUGCUGAGUCACACAUUCUUCGUGAAGGACAGCCAUGCGCGCGGCUUCCAGCGAUGGUACAGCAUCAUUGUCGUCAUGACGGAUAAAGUGUUCCUCCUCAACUCCUGGCCGUUCCUCGUCACACAUUUGAGGAUAAUCAUCGACAAGAUACAGAUGAUGGCUCUGAAGGUCUAUGAAGCUGAGCAAACGGAAUGCCCUCAGAGAUCACUACGCCUUAGCAGCAGUGUCAACCCACGAGACUUCCUACGGCAUAGGGGCAUGAAUAAGCCAGCGCGGUCCCUGGUGGAGCUAACCCAUGAGAAGAAUCUCUUUGCUCGGUUGCACAUGUGGUUCACAUGGCUUCUCAAGGCAGGUGGAAACAGAAUGACGGAGAAGCUGUUUGAAGGACCGCCAACAGAAGACACCGUUAUUGACAUGGAGAGAUUGGAAGAAACUGAGGAAGGGUUCAUCAAACUGUUUACAACAACACUAGAGGUGAGCAAGAAGACUGGGGCCGAUGACCAGUCCGAUAAGGAGGAGAAAUCACAACUUGCAACGACUCGUGAGGCAGAAGAUGACGAAAGCUCCUGUCCAGAGUUUAAAAACAUCCGACAUCUGCUCAGGGUAUUGGCUUAUGACAAAUUCAAUACACUGGCUCACCACACCAUUAUUGGCAACCAGGUUAUAGUGAGAGGAUCACAGAGAUGGCUUGUCAAGUCUGUGAUACAGGCAUUACAGGUUUUCCUCCCUAAAGGAUGCAGUCGGGUCAUAGCCUGGAGUAGCACCUAUGUAGAUUCUUGGAUGUGUAAUUUCUUAGGUUUGGAAUUAGGAGUGGAAAUCCCAGAGCACGUGAGUGAGGCGGAUAAGUACAGUGUACUCGACAUCUUAGCACCGAAAGAUGCUCAGUCACUAUCUAGUGACACUAGUGACCAAUUUGAUGGAUAUACAUUUACUGUGAGCAGCAAGACUGUUCUUCCUGAUGUGUAUCCAGCCUUACUCGUGAAGAUGGAACAAGCUAUGGUGCAGGCAAAAUUUACAAACGAAGUACUUGAGUGUUCCCUUACUGCUAUGAAGGAGCAGUGGAUGAAUAAGGUGAAGGUGCUGUUUAAGUUCAGCCGGGCAAGUGGGAGUCACUCUCAGGAGGAGGUGCAGAAGCUGCUCCGAGUGCUAGGGGCAGGGCCGCACGAUGAACCAUUGCUCAAAUUCUGGAUGACAGGUCUGAGCAUUCAGUAUAAGACGCAUGCCCUUGAGUCAUCCUUCACAGCAUCUAAUGAUUCCUAUUACGAAGUUUGCGACGUAAGCACUGGCCAGUAAUAGUGGUAGCGUUACAUAGGCUGAGAGGGUCUAUGUCCCCCAGGGUACUAUUGGAGGGUACCCUGGGUACGGUCCGGUAUACCGGAACGUAC